GGCUCCAAGUAAGCCAGCAUGGGAGUAUGGUGAUGCAAAUAGCUAUGACGACUCAAAUGAAGCGUCUACAAGCAAACCUGGUAAACCUGUGAAACAAUUUAUGGAUGGCCUUGUACGCAAUGUUAAUCUGGUUACUGACUCCGUAAAGAGAAAAAUGUUACAGGGAAAGAUCAAAGAAUUAUGCGGAGCUAAGCGUGAUGGCUUCCCUGGAUUGCAACCUGUGUCGCUGGAAAGGUCACGUGAGGCCGAUAACAUGAAGCUUCUGGCACAGCGUCCAUACAUGGUGUCAUGGAAAGCAGAUGGAAUGAGGUAUUUACGCUUUCCUGAAAUUUUCACUCUCUGA